CAGGCUUUUUCCGAGCUCAGAAUAACGCAAGAGACAGUACAGGCAAGAGCACAGCACUAUUACCGGAUCACUGAACGACUCGCUCACACUUGGAUUUAUUAUAACUAUGACUCUGGAAGAAGUCAACGGACAAGAAAACACAAUGGAUACCGCUGAUAGGGUGCAAAGUGCAGGCGCAGCCCUAGAGGAGCUGCUGAUCGCCGCUAAGAAGCAAGACUACCUCACAGUUGGAGUUUACGAGUCUGCAAAAGUCAUGAAUGUCGACCCAGACAGCGUGGCAUUCUGCGUCCUCGCCACGGAUGAGGAGUACGAGUGCGACAUCGCGCUCCAGAUCCACUUCACCCUCAUCCAGGCUUUUUGCUUUGACAACGACAUCAACGUGGUGCGGGUCAACGACAUUGAUCGUCUGGCCGACCUGGUGGGCGCAGACGACAGCGGCGAGCCUAAGGACGCGCACUGCAUUCUCGUCACGAGCCCCAGUGCAAACCCGUGGAAAGACCCUGCUCUGGACAAGCUGAGCCUGUUCUGCGAGGAGAGCCGCAGCGCCUAUGACUGGGUGCCAACUAUCACACUCCCAGAGCGCUGAAGAGACAGUUCCCAGGAUGAUGGAACGAAAAAGUCAACCUUCACUUGAUGGAGUUAAGUCUUUCUGCGUCACUUGUCUGGAUUAAGAGGCUGUGACUGCACCCCAAUCCAGAGCAUUCUGGGUCAGCAUGUUGGGUCUGGAUCACCCAGUGGCGACGGCUGGAGUCCAGAGGUCAGGUGUUGACUGGAUCAUGUGGACACUGAGAAGGAGCUGGACUGUGCUGGAUGUUGCAUUAAGUGGUGACCUAUCGCUGCCCGGUAUUAGGAGCCUAUAUGAGGAGUUGGGCAGCAGGUUGCAGAGAAAAGAUACAAUGGACUUGUGAAAGUGUGGAAGUUGGACUGAAUCUGAUCACAUUGGAGCUAGUCAGAUUGUGGUUCUGAAGAUGGUGUCCAAAAGAGUCUACAUGGACUUUUCUUGUUUAAUGCAGCUAUAUAUUAAUCAGGAAGUUCUUGGGAAAAGCAAUUGUUCAGCUUGCAAAUCCUGAUUAUUAUUUUUUUAGCUGCAUCUUGUCCAGCAAGACAUUCAUGGACUAUUUGUAUUUACUUUCAAAUAUGCAUAAAAACAAUGCAAUAACUAUUUGAAUUGUAUGCACUUUGAAUGUUUUCUGAAUAAACAUUUGAGAACAAACUUA